AUGGAAGUCCCGACAAAGAUAAACUGAUUAAAGGAUUCACAUCAUAGAAUUCAAAUCAAGCCAAACCCAGCAGUGCUUUGUCCUAUGUGCCUAAAAGAAUAUGACUCAGAACAUAGAACUCCAAAAUUUCUCACCUGUGGUCAUACCAUUUGUGCAGAAUGCAUCAAAACGAAGUCAAAAGGGAAGAAAACUCAAUGCCCUCAAUGCAAUAAAAUUACUUCAAAAAAUUCCAAUGAAUUAGCCACAAAUAAUUCUUUUCUUAGCCUAUCUAAAGGAGAAAAAUAUCUGUAUUUUUGCAGUGACCAUAAGUAUGAAAUUGAGUAUUAUUGUACAGACGAUCAGAAGUUUCUUUGCAAAACCUGUAUAAGUGAGCAUAAAAAUCAUAUUUACUUUGGCUUAUGUGAUGCCAUUACCUUAAACAUAGUUGAAGAAAAGCAAAAAGUUAUCGAUGUUCAAGAAACAGCGAUUGAAAGUUCAAUUGAUGAAUAUAAAAAGUCAUUAAAUGAUAUAAAUUCGAUUAUUGAACAAAUUAAUUUGCUUGUAGAUUCUCAUAUUCAUGCAUUAAAAGAAACUGACUCCCCCCCCUUUAAAUUGGAACAAAAUAUUGGUAAAUUUCCACUUUUUUGGUAAAUUAACCCCCCUUUAAAUUGGAACAAAAUUUAAUUUUAUAAUAAAAAAUUAUAUAUAAUUUUUUAUCUAAAAGGUUUUGAUAUAAGCUAAAUGUUUCUUCUUAACUAAAAUUAAAAAUUUAGUUAUAUCUUGCUCUUUUGAAAAGAAAAAAAAGUAUAAAGAGCAUAUUUAUUUAAAUAAAAUUAUUAUCCUUAAUUGCUAAAUUUUGAAAAAAAAAUUAAUUUUUUUUUAAAAAAUUUUUGUUUUUUUUGAUAAAAAUGAUAUUUUUUAUUUGGAUAGUUUUGAUAUAAAUUCAAUGCGAAUUCUUUAUAAAAUUUCAAAAUUUACUUAUUUCUUGCUUUAUUUUAAAAGAAUAGAGUAUAAAUAGCAUCUUAUUUAAACAAAAUUAGCACUUUGAUCGAUAAAUUUUCUAAAAUUUUUUUUUUUUUAAUUUUUUUUAUCAAUAAAAAUAAUAAUUUUUGUGUAAAUAAUUUUGAUACCAAUUAAUAGUGGCGUAUUAACUAAUAAUGAAAAUUUAGUUAUAUCUUGCUUUGUUUUAAAGGAUAAAGAGCAAAUAGCAUUUUAUUAAACAAAUUUUUUGAUCUAAUUCGAUAAGUUUUUGAAAUUUUUAUAUUGAUAUUUUUUUUUUAAAAAAAAAAAUUAACCCCCUUUAAUUUGGAACAAAAUUUUUAGUUCCAAAUUUAAAGGGGGGGGAGUGAGGCAAAAAUGAUUAAAGACAUCAGAGAAGGAACUUUAGCUUGUAUAAAGCAGGUCCAGGAUUUGGACGAAAUUUUAGAAGUGGGAAAUCUUAAAGUAUGCUUUAUUGUGGGUAUACUUAAAAUGGUAGGUGACGAGAGACAGUACUCUCUGUGGAGGGUGUCCUUAUGUAAAUCCAGACCUGUUUUUUGUUUUGCCGAGAGCUGUCUAAGGGUUGGGUUAGCCUUGAGUGGAGAGGCCAGCACUAUUUCGCUGAUUUGUGGCCUGUCUUGAACGGCAGUUUUUUGAAUCGUUUUCUUAAGCAGAGCCAGGACAGAAUAGGUACCCGAUAAAGGCAAGGCAACUUACUUGCAUAAGCUGCUUCUUGUUCUGUCCCGAACAAGUGCAAGAUUUUCAAGGUCUAAUCUCUCCAGUUAAGAGGGCUCCGUGACAGGAGCAAUUUGGCCAGGACCUAUAUGGCCCGGGUCAAAGGGGCGACACUACUGAGUAGCCGGGUUUUCGGCCCGGGCUCAGAGACUUUCGAAGGCCACAUGGCGUUCAUCGUGGAAUGCAUGAUUUUACUGGAAGUGGGGACUUAAAAUACAUUACAUUACAUUAGAAUUUAUAUCGCUUAACGUCCACUACGGGGUUACAACUCCAGGUUUAUCACUCGCCUUUCGUCGCAUCGGGCCCACCAGUCUGCUGGAGACAAACUCGCUUCGAUCACCAGGGUGCUUCUGGGGCAAAUGUCCACGUCUUCGACGGCUCAUGGAUGAGCUACUUGCUUGUACAUGGGUUGCUUUUCCGAAAACCCAAAAAAUGGAUUUUUCUAGUCGGCUAUCGGCAAAAAGAAAAAUGCAAAGCCUGGGACGUAACGCCCAGUUUCACGCUAGGGAGUUGCCCGAAUGGUCCAGAGGACUUUGCUGGGCUUCCCCUUUCCAACCUUGCACCCUCCUUCCCCACGAGGAAAAAUCCACCCCUGAGAAUAGACUAGGGCUAGGCUCUGAAAGCUACCAGAAUUGCUUACCUAGCAUUGCUGUCCAUCUCUGAAAUGGUAAAACCUUGCCGGAUAUAAUUAAAAUAUGAGUCGAGGCUGCAUGGCCGGGAGGCCAUGCCCAGACGAAGACGCCAUAUUUUAAUUAUGGGGGACUUAAAAUACACUAUCCUAAUCUAAAAAAUGAUUUAUUGUAGUAAAAUAUCCAAUAUAAAUAAAUAUUUUUCAAUUUAAUUUAAAUUUAAAUAAAUAUUAUAGAGCUUGCUUCAAAAUUUGUAAAUCUUUCCGAUUCACUUACAGAAAUAUCUAAAAUAAAGCAGCAUUUCAUCAAUGCAAGCAUAGUAGAAAAGCUCAGCUGUGAUACAAAAUCUCAAACCACUGCCAAGCCUCCAUCCCUUGCUCCAGCCCACAAGUUUUUAGAUCAAUUGAAAGCUAAAGUUAAUUACAAAGACCUGAUAAUUGGAAAGUCAUUUAAACUCCCUGCACAUGGCGUAUAUGACAUUGAGUUAGCUAUUAGCAAUAUUAUUGAAGAAAAUAAAGAAAAUCAGCCUAGAAGAUCAUCAGUUGUAAACUGAGACGACGUAUUAGCAUCCCUAACUAAUCACACCAAGCCUACCGAAGACACUCUUCCUCCAUUUGAAUUCUAUAGUAAUCAUGGGAUGCCAAAAGAAUUAAACUUGUCAGAAAUAUUAGAAAGCGGUGAUAUAUAUACUGGACAAUAUAAUAAUGAAGGCCAAAAACAUGGAAGAGGAAUUUAUACAUGGACCAAUGGAGACCAGUAUAUUGGAUAUUGAAAAAAUGAUAGGAGAACUGGGUAUGGAAGACUAAUCAAAAAAAAUGGAGACGUCUAUGAAGGAAAUUUUUUUGAAGAUAAAUUCAAUGGGAGCGGGGUUUAUACAUUUAGUAAUAAAAGCAAGUAUUUUGGGUUUUGGAGUGAUAAUAGGAUGUGUGGACAAGGAAUGUUUACGUGAUCUGAUGGAGCUUCUUAUAAUGGAGGAUGACUUGAUGGGAAACAGCAUGGAAAAGGAACUCUGAUUGAUAAAGAUGGAAAUCAUAUUGAAGGUGAGUGGAGACAUGGCGAGAAAGUUGCUUAA